CUUGUGCAGAUGUGGAAAGCAGCUGUGGGCCACGACGUGUCGGUGAAGGUUGAGGCUCAGGGAGACGACUGGGACACUGACCCUGACUUCGUGAACGACAUCUCCGAGAAGGAGCAGCGCUGGGGAGCCAAAACCAUCGAGGGCUCCGGACGGGCCGAGCACAUCGACAUCCAUCAGCUGAGGAGCAAGGUGUCAGAGGAACAUGAGGUGAUCAAGAAGAAGGAGCUGGAGACUGGCCCCAAGGCCUCCUAUGGCUAUGGGGGCAAAUUUGGCACAGAGCGGGACCGGAUGGAUAAGUGUGCUGUGGGCCAUGAGUACGUGGCUGAUGUUGGGAAGCACUCCUCACAGACUGAUGCAGCCCAGGGCUUCGGGGGGAAGUUUGGAGUCCAGCGGGACCGAGCUGACAAGUCAGCUCUGGGCUUCGAAUACAAGGGUGAGGUGGAGAAACACUCGUCCCAGAAAGAUUACUCCAAGGGCUUUGGUGGCCGUUAUGGUGUGGAGAGGGACAAGGUGGACAAAGCAGCUGUGGGAUUCGACUACAAGAGCCAGGCAGAGAAGCACGACUCACAGAAAGACUACUCUGUGGGCUUUGGUGGGAAGUUUGGGGUCCAGAGGGAUCGUCAGGACAAGAGCGCCCUUGGCUGGGACCAUCAGGAGGAAAUCCAGCCUCAUGCUUCCCAGACAGAUUAUGCCAAGGGAUUUGGAGGUCGUUAUGGGGUCCAGAAGGACAGGGUGGAUAAGAGUGCUGCAGGCUUUGACGAGAUGGCAGCUCCCACCUCCUCCUAUGAGAAGACAAGACCACAGGAGGCAGGAGCUUCUGGUGGCACCAGCAGCCUGCGGUCCCGCUUUGAAAACAUGGCAAAGGCAGCAGAGGAGGAGAGCAGGAGGCAGGCCCAGGAGGAGAGGCUGAGGCGCCAGGCAAGGGACUGAGGGGAUCUGAUGGCUUUCCUCCAGCAGGACAUCCCACAGAGACAGAAGAACCACACAGCACCAGCUGUGCCUGCUGCACCAGCUGUGCCAGCAAGGGUGCCCAGGAACGCUGCCCAAGACAGGCCUGUGUCACAAGAAGAACAGGAGGCCAAAAGGGAGGAUGAGGAAACACCACCUGUUUUGCCACCAAGACCAGCAGAUCUGAGUGAGGAGCUGGGCCAGAUCCCCAGCCAGGAUCAGCCCAUCUACAGUGAGAGUUUGGAUGUUGGUGGGGACUAUGAGGAGCUCCUAGAGGAGCCCUCUGACUACUGUGAUGGUACCAGUGGAGGAGCUGACUAUGAGGAGCUGCCAGCACCCUUGGAAAAGCCAGAUGCCAUCUAUGAUGAUGGAGGAGAUGGAGGAGAUGGAGGUGAAGACUAUGAGGAGAUCCUCCCCACACAGCCCAGCCAGAGCCAGCCCUACCUGGAGGACACAGACAAUGUUUAUGAGAUGGAGGGCUCUGGGACCUGUGCAGUGGCUCUCUACGAUUUCCAAGGAGAUGGAGAUGAUGAGAUCUCUUUUGAUCCUGAUGACACCAUCACACACAUCGAGAUGGUGGAUGAAGGCUGGUGGAGGGGACAAUGCAGGGGCAGAGUAGGCCUCUUCCCAGCAAAUUAUGUGAAGCUUCUUCAGUGA